AUGAUCUGCCUCAAAGGAGCCCGGCUUUACCCCACCAACACCACCACCACCACCAACACCUCCACCUCCACCUCCAGCUCCCGGCACCACUCGGAUGCGAUGACUGACUCGGUCGCGGACGGCAAAGCGGAGGUCAAACAAGCCACGAAAUAUGUCAAAGAGACCGAGAACGUGGCGGAAAAAUACUCCGCGCUGACCGUCAGCAAGAACAGCAGCGACGUGAACAUGAACGUCGGGGAAGUGCCCUCCGCAGCCUUCACCGCAGUCCCCACCAUGAAAUCCGUCAAGAAGAUCCAGUUUGCAAAUACUGAGGAUAAACAGGAGUUCAGCAAGUACCCGACCAAGGCGGGCCGGCGCUCCCUUUCACGGUCCAUCUCGCAGUCCUCCACAGACAGCUACAGCUCAGCUGCAUCCUACACUGACAGCUCCGAUGAUGAAACCUCCCCCCGGGACAAAGCCCAGGUCAACAGCCAUGGCAGCAGCGACUUCUGCGUGAAGAACAUCAAACAGGCUGAAUUUGGCCGUCGAGAAAUUGAAAUUGCAGAGCAAGACAUGUCUGCCCUGAUCUCCUUGAGAAAGAGAGCCCAGGGGGAGAAGCCACUGGCUGGGGCAAAGAUAGUGGGCUGUACCCACAUCACUGCUCAGACGGCUGUGCUGAUUGAGACCCUGGUCGCCCUCGGGGCUCAGUGUCGCUGGACUGCCUGUAACAUCUACUCCACUCAGAACGAGGUGGCUGCGGCUCUGGCCGAGAUAGGCGUACCUGUGUUUGCAUGGAAGGGUGAAUCAGAGGAUGACUUCUGGUGGUGUAUCGACCGCUGUGUCAACACUGGGGGCUGGCAGGCCAACAUGAUCUUGGAUGAUGGUGGAGAUUUAACCCACUGGGUGUACAAAAAGUAUCCCAGCAUCUUCAAAAGAGUCCGUGGUAUUGUAGAGGAGAGUGUCACUGGUGUUCACAGAUUGUACCAGUUAUCUAAGGCUGGCAAGCUGUGUGUGCCAGCGAUGAAUGUGAAUGACUCUGUAACCAAGCAGAAGUUUGACAACCUCUACUGCUGCCGGGAAUCUAUCCUGGAUGGCUUGAAGAGGACUACAGAUAUAAUGUUUGGAGGGAAGCAAGUGGGAAAAGGCUGCUGCACUGCUCUUAAAGCCCUGGGAGCGAUUGUGUGCAUCACAGAGAUUGACCCCAUAUGUGCCCUGCAGGCAUGCAUGGAUGGAUUCAGAGUGGUCAAGCUGAGUGAGGUCAUCCGGCAGAUGGACGUGGUGAUAACUUGCACUGGCAACAAGAAUGUUGUCACCAGAGAGCAGCUUGACCGAAUGAAGAAUGGCUGCAUCGUCUGCAACAUGGGCCACUCCAAUACCGAGAUAGAUGUGGCAAGUCUGCGCAGCCCUGAACUGACCUGGGAAAGGGUCCGCUCUCAAGUUGAUCACAUCAUCUGGCCUGAUGGGAAGAGGGUGGUCCUGCUUGCAGAGGGUCGCCUCUUGAACCUGAGCUGCUCCACAGUGCCUACAUUUGUUUUGUCCAUCACUGCAACAACUCAAGCCCUGGCCUUGAUUGAGUUGUUUAAUGCACCGGAGGGACGCUACAAACAAGAUGUUUAUCUUCUGCCCAAGAAAAUGGACGAAUACGUGGCCAGUCUGCACCUGCCAAACUUUGAUGCCCACCUGACGGAGCUUUCUGAUGAGCAGGCCAAGUACAUGGGCCUCAACAAGAAUGGCCCUUUCAAACCAAAUUAUUACAGUGGGUCCCGGCAUUCACUUCUGCAGAAGUUCAGAGAGACAGAGACUGGCCUGAAGGAAACUUCCGAAAGGACUUGCACCUUUAACAGAGAGCGAUUUGAAAGCACUUCAAACAAGAUGUCCUCAGCUAAGGGAAUCUCCAUUGGCAUUGAUCUUGGCACCACCUACUCUUGUGUUGGGGUUUUCCAGCACGGCAAAGUGGAGAUUAUCGCCAAUGACCAAGGCAACAGAACUACGCCCAGCUAUGUGGCAUUCACCGACACAGAGAGACUCAUUGGAGAUGCUGCCAAAAACCAAGUGGCCAUGAACCCCACUAACACCAUUUUUGAUGCCAAGCGACUCAUUGGAAGGAAAUUUAAUGACCAAGUGGUCCAGUCUGACAUGAAACUUUGGCCUUUUAAGGUGGUCAAUGACAGCGGAAAGCCCAAAGUCCAAGUGGAAUACAAAGGCGAGACAAAAGCGUUCUACCCUGAGGAGAUCUCGUCCAUGGUCUUGGUUAAAAUGAAGGAGAUAGCUGAGGCUUACUUAGGACAGAGAGUCUCAAACGCAGUCAUCACUGUCCCAGCUUACUUUAAUGACUCGCAGAGACAAGCCACCAAAGAUGCUGGGGUUAUCUCUGGACUGAACGUUCUGAGAAUCAUCAAUGAGCCCACAGCAGCAGCUAUCGCUUACGGCCUGGAUAAAGGCAAAAGAGGAGAGCGCAAUGUACUCAUUUUCGACCUUGGUGGAGGCACCUUUGAUGUGUCUAUCCUGACUAUUGAAGACGGCAUCUUUGAAGUAAAAGCCACCGCAGGGGACACACACCUCGGCGGGGAAGACUUUGACAACAGAAUGGUCAGCCACUUUGUUGAGGAAUUUAAAAGAAAACACAAAAAGGACAUUAGCCAGAAUAAGAGAGCGUUGAGGAGAUUGCGUACAGCUUGUGAGAGAGCCAAGAGGACCUUGUCUUCCAGCUCCCAGGCUAGCAUUGAGAUUGACUCCCUGUUCGAGGGAAUUGACUUUUAUACCUCAAUCACAAGGGCACGCUUUGAGGAGCUCAACUCUGAACUCUUCAGAGGAACACUGGAGCCAGUCGAGAAAGCUCUGCAAGAUGCCAAGCUGGAUAAAUCCAAGAUCCAUGAAAUUGUCCUGGUCGGUGGCUCCACAAGAAUUCCUAAAAUCCAGAAGCUUUUACAGGACUUCUUCAAUGGCAGAGAGCUGAACAAAAGCAUCAAUCCAGAUGAGGCGGUGGCGUACGGGGCAGCAGUCCAGGCUGCUAUCCUCAUGGGCGACACUUCAGAAAAUGUUCAGGAUCUCCUGCUGCUGGAUGUGGCUCCCCUGUCUCUGGGAAUUGAAACUGCUGGCGGUGUUAUGACACCUCUUAUCAAGCGAAACACCACGAUCCCAACGAAGCAGACUCAGAUCUUCUCAACAUACUCAGACAACCAGCCAGGGGUGCUAAUUCAGGUGUAUGAAGGUGAGAGGGCCAUGACAAAAGACAACAAUCUCCUGGGGAAAUUUGAGCUCACAGGGAUCCCUCCCGCCCCCAGAGGCGUGCCACAGGUAGAGGUAACCUUUGACGUAGAUGCUAAUGGCAUCCUAAAUGUCUCUGCCGUGGACAAAAGCACCGGCAAAGAAAACAAAAUCACCAUCACCAAUGACAAGGGCCGGCUCAGCAAAGAGGAAAUAGAGCGCAUGGUGCAGGAUGCUGAUAAGUACAAAGCUGAGGACGAGCAGCAGAGAGAGAAGAUCGCCGCGAAGAAUGCCCUGGAGUCAUACGCCUACCAGAUAAAGAGCACCGUAGAGGACGAGAAUCUGAAAGGGAAGAUCAGCGAAGAGGACAAAAAGCUGGUCAUUGACAAGUGCAACCAGACAAUCUCCUGGCUGGAGAACAACCAGAUGGCCGAGAAGGAUGAGUACGAGCAUCAGCAGAGUGAACUAGAGAGGGUGUGCAAGCCGGUUGUGACAAAGUUGUAUCAGGGCUCAGCGCCCUCUGGAAGCUGCGGUAGCCAGGCAGGAGGCGGCUCCCAGGGCCCCACCAUCGAGGAAGUGGACUAAAAUCACAGACCCCACCACGUCAUCUCUGCAAAGGGCUCUCCACUAUUUUCUACAACGUUUGUGAUUUAUUUGUCGUUAGUCCUGCCACAAUAACAAUAAAAACAGUUAUGGAAAAA